CCAUAUAAUAGAGCAAAGAAGUGACGUUGGGGUAUUUCACUGUAGUUCUUCCAGAGUUUUCCUCCUUUUCAGGCCAAAAUGUCUGAUAAACCCAAGAUUUACCAGGGUGUGCGUGUGAAGACCACUGUCAAGGAGUUACUGCAGAAGCACAGAGCCCUGCAGGCACAGAAAACCGCACAACCCACAACGAAAUCACAAGCCAUGGCUGGUCGCGAUGUCUGCUCUACGACCAUGAAUACCCACCUUGAUGUCUUCUCUGGAAUGCAAGCUCCAGAGCCCUAUUUCCAGACACGUCCCUUUACCGAAAAUGUCAACGUUCAGAUGGAUAAUGCUUAUGAUCAUCAACAGAUGAUACACACGAUGCCACCUGAGACUUACAGCGGCAGUAAUUUCGUGUGUCCCACUUCUGCGCAGUGGUCUAAUGGAUAUAUGCCUUCUAAUACGGACCUCUAUGGUACUAGCCUGGUAUCCAGGUCACCCUCAGACUCCUUCAAUCUCCCCAGUCCAGUCGACUACAACAGUUACUCUCCCCCUCAGUCCCACUCUUCAUCUUCCUCUUGUUACAGCUCCCCGACACGAAUGGAUUUGAGCUCCAGUUUCUCUCCAGAAAAUUACCACUAUCAGCACUGCAACCUUCAGCAUUGUUUUUGCUUGUCGCACUGGUCCAAUGUGCAUGAAGGCAUGCCAACUUCGGAGUAUGCGCCCUACGGCUCUUCAGACUGUUUGUUUUCAUAUAACGACGACAGUUAUUUCAGAAGGGACACCUCAAACUCAGAGAUGUGUUACUUAUAGAAUGCAUUUUUUAACGCACUUUGCGCGAAAAUUCAGUGUCAUAAUUGAUGCAUUUGAAUGCAUUUGUUGUAUUUUAGUUUCGAUCAAAGAAAAAAAAACUGACAGAAUGCAUGAUUAGGCUUUGAUUAGGAGUUGUUUUUAAGCAACAAGGUUGAUUGCAGAGAGCUAUGUGUGAGUAUAAUUUACAAAGUAUUCAUUUAUCUUUUCUACAAUAAACAUAUUUUUCAUAAUUGUA